UUAUUUACUCCAACCAUGGUUAUCUAAAUCAAUAAUCAAUUGGAUGUUUUUUAAUGGUUUUAUUUGUUAUUGCCAUGUGUCAUUUUUUGAUUGGAUGUUUAUGUAGUUAUUUUUUUGAUAACUCAAUUUUCGGGAUGUAUUUUUACAUUCAAAGAGGUAGAAUAUCAAAAUACUUACCCAUUUUGAUACUCCCAUUGGAGUGGAAAAUUUUGAUUUUGGAAUAUCAAAAAGGUGGUUUAUGGAUUUGAUAAUCCAUUUGAUACUCCCAUUGGAGUUGCUCUUAGAAAAAAAAUAUAGGCUUAAUUUGUGCACAACACAGAAACAUUAUAAAUAGAUGCAAAGUGAUCAUCAACUUCUCAAGUCAAUAACAAGUAAUAAAUUAAUCCUACUUAUGAAAUAAUUCUCUCAAAACAAAAUUCGUUCGAUCAAUUUUCCGAUGGAGACGGAGAAAAUUAUAGCCCGUGAGUAAUAAAGAGGUGGCGAAGAAGGCUAUCCUAGUGGGCUGCAACAACUAUCCAUAUCCGAAAGAAAAUCUUUCGGGAUGCCACAACGACGUGUAUAACAUGCACAACACACUGAUAAAAAGAUUCCAUUUCGACCCGAAAAGAAUCUUGGUUAUGGUGGACAAGCCCGGAAGCAAACAUAUGCCGACCGCUGCAAAUAUCAAGAAACAACUGAAGAAAAUGAUCGAAGAUGCUGACGAGGAAGAUAGGUUGUUUUUUUUCUUCUCUGGCCAUGGAAAGACUUUUUGUCAUAAUGGAGAGAGUAAGCAGGCCAUUGUCCCUUCUGAUGACAAUCUUAUUACAUGUAAGUGUUGUUAUUUUAUUAUAAUUAAAAUCAUUAAUUAAUUUAAUUAAUGUUAAUCUCUGUUUUAAUAAUAAUUAUUGUUUGCAGGCAUGGACUUUAGGUACUACGUGAACCGUUUGCCCAAAAAGGCGACUGUUGACUAUAAUGGUUGACUCGUGCUUCAGCGGUGGACUCAUUGACAAUGAACCGGUGUAGGUCGGGCAACCGUACUAUCACUACAAGAAAAACUUGCAUUAACGACACCUCAAUUAUGACAAAUACAAAAGUUGUCACUUAAUGCACACAUUAAGUGACAACAUUUUUUUAUUGUCACUAAUAACUCUUUUUGUUGUCACUUAAUUCUUAUUUAUUAUCACUAUAGAGCAUUAGCGACACCUUGCUAGUGACAAGCAUAGUGACAACACUUUUUGCCUAACUAUGUGAAAAAUAGGUGUUGUCACUAAAAAUAUUUUUUUUUGUAGUGUAUGUUCGGCCUCUAAAAAUCAGACAUGUGUUGUAAGAAUAAACCUAAAAUGAUUCCUUACGAGUCCUACAUGGCAAACUUGUCGGCCAUGACAGGGCUAAACAAUCCGGACAUUGGAGCACACCUGGUCGAAUUGUUCGGAUCGGAAGCCAGCAUCAUGUUCAGGCUGCGUCCAGAUCAGCAUCCAAAGCCGUUGAAAACCAACCAGGGAAUUCUACUGAGCGGCGGUGAACCUAGUGAGGAAACCUUUGAAGAUCCGGAAGAUAAAAAUGGUCCUGUAGGUGGUGCUUUUACUAAAACUGUUGUAGCAAUUCUAAAGGGGCACCUUGCCCAAUUACAAACAAGAAAUCGGUUAUCAGGGUCCGCCAGGGGUAUUUUGGGUAACAGGAAGAAAGAUCCGCAGCAUCCGUGUCUUUACUGUAGCAGCAAAAACGCGGAUGCUGUUUUCCUUCGCAAAGCAUCCCAUGGUCGGGCUGAAAUUGGUGAAACAUCGGAAGAUCGUGUGCUUGAGGACUGAUCAGCAAUAACUACUUCUCUACUAUGCAAGUAAUUACUAGAUAGAACCACUACUACUACAUUCAUUUCAUGUAAUUAUAAGUUUUCUUUAGAUAAUAGUCUACUGGUUCGUAAUAAUUAUCGCGUAAUUUAACAUUAAUAUGAUGAGAACAUGUAUAAUGUUUGUUAUUAAUAAUACAUUAUAUUAUUUUAGUGUUCCUUAUUAGUUGAUCUAUUUCAGUGUUCCUUAUUAAUUGAUCGAUCUGAUUAUUUAUUCCGUUUUAUAUCAGACUUUGUUUUCCUUUACUGUUUAUAUUGUAAACAAGGCAAAGUACUGUAGAUAAUAGCAGAUGAACAAGAGAUAUUUAUUAUUUAAUUGGCACAAGUUUCUGCAAAUAUCAAACA